AUGGCGAAAUGUGGCGGUCUGCACUUUAUGCCACGGCGACGGACGUACUACUGCGACUCGAUCGCAGUGCAGGGUCAGCCGUCAUUGGCGGAUCGCCUUCCCGCCGAGUGCGACUGGACCAGAAGGUUUUCCGUGGGGAACGCCGGGUGCCAUAUUCGUCGCGUGGGCGGCAUCGGCAGCGGCCAGGGAGGCGCCUCCUAUAGCUGCAGCCGCGGCGCGGCAGUUAAUAUGAUUAAGGCCGCCAGGGCGGCACGCGUGGGCGGUAGAUCCCCGAGGAAGUCGGCUCUGUACUACGAGCAGGCCGGCGGUGCGCGCAGCCAGCGUACGGUGGACGCGGCGGCGACGGACGCGAGCCGGCUGCUGGGAGCGCCCGCGUGGCGCCUGGGGCUGCUGGCGUCGGGCAAGGCGCUGGUCGCGGGCCCGCUGCUCAUCACCACGGCGGAGGGCGGCCGCAUCGACUGCGCGCGCGCCGCCGCAGGUCAGCUGGUGCCUCAGGACGUGGCGGGCAUCAGGGAGCUGCGAGCGGACUCUGCGCGCCUGGUGCUGCUCGUGGAGAAGGACGCCGUCUUCCAGAAGCUGCUGGACCAGGGCGUACAGCAGGCGCUGGGCCCCUGCAUCCUCCUCACGGGCAAGGGCUUCCCCGACGUGAACGCUCGCCUGUUUCUGCGCCGACUGUGGGACUCCCUGAGGCUCCCCGUGCUGGCCCUCGUGGAUGCCGACCCGUACGGCAUCGAGAUCAUGUGCGUCUACCGCUUCGGCUCUCUGGUGCAGACGUUGCUGACUGACGACCACAAAGCGGAAAUCGAGGCAGUAGCAGGCCUGUCUCGGGAAUACCUGGUUCGUGGGUACUUGCCCAACAAGAUCCGGUGUCGCGAUAUCGUCUGA